UUGGUAACUCAUUCCGGUGUUGCGGGUCUCAUCCUGGGUGAAGAAAUAUAAAGGAUUCUAAUGGAAACAAGCCAUAUUGCUUGAUUUUUUGGGGUUAUCUGGAGUUAUUAACCCUUAGGGUUACAAGUCUGGAUGAGAGUUUCUUCUCGGGUGAAUGGCACUUCCACAGUAGCUGCGGAAGCAGCAUAAAGUUGAAGGGUAUAUUUGAUGAAGACUACUAAGAAUGAAGGGACUUACAGUUGAACAAAUCAGCGCUGAUCGUGUGACAUUCCUUGCACAGCAGUACUGGUCUCCAGAUACCAAGGAGUCUCAUCUUCCAUUUGACCCCCAAGUGAUUGAUGAUGUUUAUGAAAGUGAAGUCAGAGCAACUGAUUUUGCUACCCGGCGCAUCGUUGUGUUAGAAUUGAGCCAGUAUCUUGAAAACUACAUCUGGCCAAACUAUUCCGAGAAUGCUACAGCAUCACACCUCAUGUCAGUCAUCAUAUUGGUUAAUGAAAAAUUUCGUGAGCGUGUUCCUGCUUGGGAUUCUUUUGUGAAACACCCAGGACCCUUUGCUAGCUUUCUGCGACAUCUUAUGAAAGCUUGCCUAGAUACAACUAACAAAUUUUCACAAAAAGAGCAAACCCACAUGAUAGUGUUUCUUAAUCAUCUCUAUAACAGCAUUGAAACAGAUCUCAUACGCAAUGGCAUUAGUCAUACUGUAUCUUAUAACAUCUUAGAAUGCCUUUCUGAAGGCCAGCUACAAGCUGUACUUAAAGAUUUUCCUAAUUGGUCCAAAGCAUUAAAGAGAACUGCACGGCACAGAAAGAAACUGAAUGGUGUAGAGCUGGAAAAUUUUGAUUUUGAUACCAAAUUUUUGUAUUCCCUCAUGCAACAGUUCCUUACAAAGUUGUCAGCUAUUCCUGCAGGAGAAGAAGAACUAAAUGAGGAUGUUGUUCAUUACUGUGAGAGGUUCCUUGAACUUAUGAUUGACCUUGAAUCUCAGUUACCCACACGUAGAUUUUUUAACACACUUCUUCAUUCUUGCAACUUGCUUGUUAAGUGUGAAUUAUCGACACUUUCAUCCAGGGAAGAGGGGAAGCUGUUUUCUCAGUUGCUGCACAUAUUAAAAGUUUUUGGUCAGUUUGAGAUCAAUGAUAACACAGGCCAGCCCCUCUCUGAUUUGGAUGUUAUGAAAAGUCAUUACAAAAAGGUAAAGCAAAUGCAGAGCAUUACUUUUAGAAACUUUUCUCAGUUAACACAGUUCAGUUUCUCAAGUGUAGCUGCAGUUGAUGAUACAGAAACAUUGAGACAAUAUGUAGACCAGUUGGAGGAUGACGAUUUGCAGAAGCUAUGCAAAUUACUUCAUCUGCUUCCUAAGGAAGAUGAAAAUGAAUCAAACAGAAAGUAUCUGAUAGAAUCCAUUAUCUGGAAGUACCAGCGACGCAUUUCGCAAUUAGAAGCCAUUAAUCGCAUGCCACUGUAUCCUACAGAACAGAUAAUCUGGGAUGAUAACAUCGUUCCAUCGGAGUAUUUUUCUGGGGAUGCUUGUCUGGCAUUACCCAAACUGAAUCUGCAGUUUCUUACCCUGCAUGAUUAUCUGUUGAGAAACUUUGACCUUUUUAGAUUGGAAUCGACAUAUGAAAUACGUCAGGAUAUAGAAGACAUCGUAAUGAGAUUGAACCCAUGGUCAGCAGAAGAUGGAAGUGUUGUCUUCAGAGGGUGGGCACGUAUGGCACAGCCCAUAGCAAAUUUUGCAGUAUGUGAGGUCGCUAAGCCCAAUGUUGGGGAAGAUAAGCCCUCAAGAGUUCGGGCAGACAUUACAGUUAAUCUAAGUGUAAGAAGAGAAAUAAAAAAUGAAUGGGAAGCUUUGAGGAAACAUGAUGUAUGUUUGCUUCUUUCACUUAUGCAUCCUAAAGAAUACCCUAAUCCUGAGGGAUAUUUUCCAGAUGAAUGGGGUAUCAGGUACAUCCGUGGAUGUGAGGUGGAGGGCAUGCUAGAUGAAAAUGGCCGGGUUAUUGAAGAAGGUCCUGAGCCCAAGCCAGAGUUGAAAGGUGAGACCAGAACUUUCCGUGUUUGGCUUGAUUGCAACCAGUAUAAAAUUGACAUGGACAAUAUCAAAUCCAAUGAUGGCAGUGAAGAUGUUUAUGAAACUUUCAAUGUUUUAAUGAGACGAAAACCUAAAGAAAACAACUUCAAAGCCGUCUUGGAAACUAUCCGUGACCUAAUGAAUACUAAAUGUGUUGUUCCUGAUUGGUUAUUAGAUAUCAUUCUUGGAUAUGGUGAUCCUGGAGCUGCCCAUUAUUCACACAGAGAAAAUGCUUUGUCAACCCUUGAUUUCAAUGACACUUUUUUGGAUUUUGAACAUCUUAAGAAAAGCUUCCCAAGCUAUACCAUUAAUCAUAAUCCUAAGGCUUGCAUGCAACCGCCUUUUAAAUUAACAUUUGAAGACCAGAAAUCAACUAAACGUCCAGCUGAGGAAGAAGAAAAUAAAGAAUCCAAAGUAAUUCAUAUUGACCCAUAUGUUGUGCCAAGUCGAGGUCCUUAUCCAUACACUGUGCCACGUAAGAAUCGAGUGCAGUUUACACCCACUCAAGUGGAAGCUAUCCGCUCUGGCAUGCAACCUGGCCUGACUAUGGUUGUGGGACCUCCUGGCACUGGCAAGACUGAUGUUGCUGUGCAGAUAAUUUCCAACAUAUAUCACAAUAACCCUGCUGAGCGUACUCUUGUUGUCACCCAUUCAAAUCAAGCUCUUAAUCAGCUUUUUGAGAAAGUCAUUGCUCUGGAUGUUGAUGAGCGGCAUCUUUUGCGUUUAGGUCAUGGUGAAGAGGCUUUGGAAACAGAGAAAGAUUUCAGUAGAUAUGGUCGUGUUAACUAUGUUCUGAGUAAACGCCUUGAAUUACUAGACGAAGUAACACGCCUCAAGGAGUCGCUAGGUGUAGCUGGUGAAAUGGGAGCUUCAUGUGAAACAGCUGGUUAUUUUUUUCUGCAGCAUGUACUUGCUCGAUGGGAGCGUUACAUUAGCCAGGUUACUGCCACUCCUGGUAAGCUAGUUAAUGUGCAACAAAUAAAUGACCUGUUUCCAUUCCAUGUUUUCUUCAGUAAUGCACCACAGCCAUUAUUCAAAGAAAAAAGCUAUGAAGAAGACAUGGAAAUUGCUGAGGGCUGCUUCCGAUAUCUGGAAAAUAUAUUCACACAACUAAAAGAGUUUCGUGCAUUUGAAAUGCUUAGGAGUGGCCUUGAUCGUACAAGGUAUUUACUUGUGAAGGAGGCAAAGAUUAUUGCAAUGACUUGUACACAUGCUGCUCUUAAACGACGAGAACUUGUAGACUUAGGUUUUCAGUUUGAUAACAUUUUAAUGGAAGAAAGUGCCCAGAUUUUAGAAAUUGAAACAUUUAUUCCAUUACUUCUACAAAAUCCUGAGGAUGGACGGAACAGACUUAAGCGAUGGGUCAUGAUUGGUGACCAUCAUCAGCUGCCACCUGUUAUAAAGAAUAUGGCUUUCCAAAAGUAUAGUAACUGUGAACAGAGCUUAUUUACAAGAUUUGUUCGAUUAGGUGUUCCAACUGUUCAGCUAGAUGCUCAGGGCCGUGCGCGUCCCUAUAUUUGUGCCUUGUAUAAUUGGAGGUAUAAAAAUUUGGGUGACUUGCCUCAUGUAAUAUCGUGGCCUGAGUAUCGCAUAGCCAAUGCAGGAAUAUUUUACGAGUACCAGCUCAUUAAUGUGGAUGACCUUGAAGGACGUGGAGAGUCGGAACCACGGAAGUAUUUCUACCAGAACUUGGCUGAAGCAGAGUACGUGGUUCACCUGUAUAUGUAUAUGCGGCUAAUUGGAUAUCCAGCUUCAAAAAUAUCAUUGCUGACAACUUAUAAUGGCCAGAAAGAGUUACUACGUGAUGUAGUUGAACAAAGGUGUGCUCGAAAUCCGCUAUUUGGACGCCCUCAUAAGAUUAGCACUGUUGAUAAAUACCAGGGGCAACAAAAUGACUACAUCCUACUAUCACUUGUUAGGACACGUGCUGUAGGUCACCUUAGGGAUGUGAGGCGACUCGUUGUAGCAAUGUCACGUGCCAGACUUGGCCUUUAUAUAUUUGCACGUGUUUCUCUCUUCAAGAACUGUUAUGAACUUCAGCCAGCAUUUUCAUUGCUUACGAAGAGACCACUUAAUCUUCAUUUAGCUCCCUGGGAAUAUGUACCUACUGAGCGACUAUACACUCAUCUCCCACCUGAAAAGCCUGUGGUGGUAAAAGAUGUUACUCAUAUGAGCAGUUUGGUACAUCAGUUGUAUUCCGAUCUUUGCUCAACCAUUCAAGCAAUUGCUGGGCUUGGUGAAGCACCUGGUAUGAUGGCAACUCAUGAACUGCCUCCAGAUACAGGUGCACGUUAUGACUCGGAUGAAGAGACAACAGCAGAAAAUGAAGAGGCAGAAAGUUCAAUGCUCAUUGUUAAUGAAGUUGAUGGCAAAUAAUUUGAAUAUGUAUAUGAAUCAUGCACACAAACAAUCAUUGCCAUUGUAACCUGUUUACUUUCUCAUAAGGCAGGAAUAAAUCUAUACAUCAAGAUUUGAAAAAUAGAGAAAAUGAAAUGACCUCCAUUCCUUCAUUCCUGUACUGUUUCUACAUAUAUUAGUAUUACAGGAAAAUAGUACUAGUUUCAUGCUGCCUGAGGGUGUUAAAUAUAAUUUAUAAAUUUUUUGUGUAAAUAUUUAUGAUUUUAAAAUUUGUAUUGUAAAUAGAAUUGUAAUUUUUCUUUUACAUUUUUCAGCAUAACUUGAGAAUCAAAGAUACCUAAACAAAAUAAGCAGAUUCUUUAAUGAUGUCUUGCUCUCUCUGCACUUUAAAACAUGGUGAUCUUGACUGAAUGUCUGUACUUUGACAAAGCUCCAGAACAUCUUUAACCCCUAAACUGUCCAAAUGUAGAUCUACGUUCACUUGCGUAGCUCUCCGAAUGUGGAUCUACAUUUCUUUUACAUAUAGCAUGUAAAAUCAAACGUAGAUCUAUAUUCAGAGCACUACGUGAGUGAACGUAGAUUUACAUUUGGACAGUUUAUGGGUUAAAUAAAAGACUUACUGCACUUUGUCUUUGUCUUUGAUUCAAUAUGCUCAUUUAUUAAUGAUUAACAUUUGUUAUUUGUACACCUACCAUCCGACUUAUGACCGAGUUCGGUUCCGAGAAACCGGUCGUAAGUCGAAAUGGUCGUAAGUCGAACUUUACUACUGAAUAUCAACAAAACAUUUUUGUAAUGACUUUAUUUUAUUGUUUUAUUUUGGUAUUUCAUGUUUUACUUUACUUUUUAUGUUGUUAGUACUGUAUUUUAUACUGUAAGGUUUAGGAUAAACACUGUGUACAACACAAAUAGUUGUUCAUUUCCCAGGAAUUUGGCAUAAAAAACACGGUCGUAAGUCGAGUGGUCGUAAGUCGAGCAGGUCGUAAGUCAGAUGGUAGGUGUAAUCAUUCUGAAAUAAUUUUUUUUACAGUGAUCUGUAUUGAAAACUUAUGAAUUUUUAUAUUAUAGGAUAACUAAAAUUUGUAAUAAUUUUGUUAAAUAAAAUUGUCAGACAAGCAAUUUUAA